CAUCAUUGCAGUUUCUGUGCUGCUUUCCUGCUUUUGCUGGCCGCCAUAACCAUCUCAAUGAUAGCCCAAUGAGGGGAGGUCCCAGCGUCAGGGUUGAGAUCCCCGAUAGCCAAUAAUUCUGAAAUCGGGUUGCGCCAUGGCGGCAAGGACAGCAAAGCCGUGUCAGGCUCGUUGGAGAGUCUCAAGAUAAAAGGAAGCAUUUCCCAGGUGAUGGAUUUGAAUGCAUUAACAUCAGGUUAUUUGGCCACAGCUCCUCCCCUCUUGACAAUAUUCCAAACCGUGGGAAAGACAUUCACGCGUCUAAGAAGAACAAGAACAAGAAACCUUGACAGUAUAAAUUGCGGCAAUGAACGCCCUCAAAGACAAGCUUCGAGCAAUGGUGAAUUCUGCGAUGGCCACCAAGUCUGGACCAACACGCCUCCUCAGCUUUGACCCCAGUAGCCCAGGCCGCCGUCUGUGGCCUUCCGACACGCCAAAGAACAACGCAGAGUGGGAAAUCCGGCUCGAUGCUGGAGAAGCCAGGAAAGACAAUUCUGAUCUGGUCGCUGUGAAAUUGCAGAUUAACAGGGAAGCCAAAACCAAGGGUCUCAAGGACCUGGUCAAGGCGAAUGGGACCCAUUACACGUAUGCAACGGCGUGGGUUAAUGUCAAAGAACCCCCGACGAAGGAGGCGGCGGAUAAGCUUGUGGACGAUCUGAUCAAAGACCUGGAGGAUGACUGAGCUUGUUUGACCUUUUGCAUAUAUGUUCAGGAGACUGAUAUUUAUACUGGAGAUGUAUCGUCUAUCACUACAAAUGUAGCAGCAACAACACAUCAGCGAACUUAAUAACUUCAAAGGCUGAAUUUUGACCUGUAGGAGAC